UACCUCAACCAUGGUACCUCCAAGUACUCCGUACUCCAGACUCUAUCCGCAAGUCAACGACGCGACCGCCGAGCGCCGUCCCGUGACUGGCCCUGUCUUCCCUCCCUCCCUUCGGCAGGCCCCGACCAUGGAUGACAUCAUCCUUCCUCCCUCCCUCCCUUCAUGCUCGCGCCCUCCUCACCUUGCUUUGCUUGCUUGCUUGCUUCCUUCCUUUCCCUUCGCGUUCCCCUCAGUUCCUUGCUGCCCGAUCAAUGUCCGUGCCAUCGCCCUCCAUCCUGCGUAUCCAUCCCGGCUCCGACGGCCAAUUCUACCGGCCUCAAGUGAGGCUUCAUGACUCCGAACAAUCCUCAUCGGUGAUGGUUACCCGGAAGAAGUCCUGGUCCGCUCACUCAUCCCACCUGCCGCGGCCCAGUUCCGUAAGUAUGGAGGUAUGGAGGCUAAACACGACGAGGGAAGAGAUCGGCAGGACUAUCGAUUAUCUCUCUGGGAAAUGAUCCAGAUCCUCUUUUUCUCAGCCCGCCCAUGUGCGCUGUUGCAGGAACUGGCCAGUUGUUGCCACCCUGAUCAGAUCCGCUGCCCAUCCAGCCGCGUCGCGUCGUAUGCAGGGCGCGCCUCUCCUGUGUCCCCGGUACUACCACCAUCUCUUACCAAUAAUCCACGUAUUUUUAUUUUUCAGGCCCA